AUGGUUUACGACACUCCUAUAGACUACGCAGGUCUAGCACACCGGGAGCGCGACCAACUUAUCGCCGAGGGCGCCGAUCCUGAUUCCGUCAUCCUCCAAAGCGAAUUGCACAAUCAUAUCAUACGACGAGAAGGCGAGGCCCUUGAUGACUAUAUGAAGCGCUACUCUGAGACUAUGAUCACCAUGAUUAGUCGUGGCGUUCAUAUUCUCAACGAUCUGUCUACUGCUGAUGUGGUGGCAUCCGGGUUCGGAACCGAAGACGGAAGGUUUUUCGAUUUGGGCCCAGGAUCAGGCGCGACGAAGGGGAGUUUCGUGAAUUUAGCCAGUGGUUCUCAGAGAUAUCGGAAAUAG